GCUCCCCUCUUCUCGUCAAACGUUGAACAGUAUUCUUGUGUGCGGUCGUUCGCGCUCAGUGAAAUAUUCGCGACGUUUCGUAAGCUGGUAUUGCAAACGUCAAUUCAAGUGACAAAAUCUAGGGCGUGUGUGUUCAGUGAUAUUUAAAAUCAUUAAAUAAUACGUGAAGAUGUCUUUCAACACAGAUUUAUCGACUAAACUGGAGAACAGCAGAAACACUUUAAGGAAGAUAGCUAGAAAUGACAAUACAGAAUUUUCGAAGCAGAGCAUAUUGAACGACAUGGAAAAAUUCGUCAAAAUGGUCAAUACCAUGGAUGAGACUGUACUGGUUCCCAGUCGGCUUAUGAAUUUACCACAAGAAGGAGAUGAUGACCCAUUCUGCCUAUUCGCUAUGCUGAAUGACCUUAAGACUGAAUUGCUGUGGGCAGGCGAAGUAGAUGAGCAGGUGGAACGCGGGAGACGUAUAUCCGACAUGAGCGACACUGAAAGCGAUGCAUCCAGUGCUGCCGGAGAUUCUGGUAUCGAAGGUGAAGAUGAGAGGGAGUCUGCAGCUCAUGCUGCUGCAACUUGCCGACGUCACCUUCGUGGUCUUCGUCGGUGUCUCCGCCAACUUACUUCUGCUGCUGCACAUCUCACGAGAUCUUAUCAGGAAGAAGUUGGUGCACCUGUGUAAUUGCUACAAUAAUCCUGUGAUCAAGGCCUGUCCCACACGCUUGUACAUAUAGAAUAAGUGGCCCGCACUGUAAAUAUAGGUUAUAGGGCUGGGCGUGUUGGUGAAUCUCUUUUAAGUUAUGUGGUUAUUUAAAUAAAAUUAAUUUUGAUUA